UAGGUUCAUACUCCUUUUGAUUACAAGUACAAUGUAGUUAAGUACAAUGUAGUUCUACUUUACAAUUGAAAUUUCACAAUCGAGCCUUAUCUUUAGGGAACUAAAGAUGAAUAUUUCUUAAUAGGAAUCGUAGUUUGAACAGAAAAUUUAUGGAUGACACAAUUUAUGUGAUACUUCUCAUAGCCUUGGUGGGAUACUCUGAAUCACUUGAAUGCUACAGUUGCUCAAAUGUUGCUGAUAUAAAUAAAUGCAAUGUCACAAGGUCGUGUUCAUCUGGCCAGUCCUGUUACCACAAUCUGACAACAGGACAACAGAGUCUUGGGUGCAUUGAUAAUAAGAAUUGUGAUUCGCAUGCUGCAGUUCCUACAAUUGUUGGAAGAGAUCUUGUAUCUAGGGAAACGUCAUCGUGUUUCGAGUGCUGCUCCACCGACCGUUGUAACUCCGCCCUUUGUCUCCAUCCUAAACGUAAGAGUGACGGUAUUUGUGUAUUGAAUAUGUCUUUGUUUAUAAAUUAAGGUGUGGUCUUUAAA